CAUCAUGGGUGAUAACGUGGUUGAAAAUUUUGAAACACUUAAAUUGAACGAGGAAAAGGCAUGAAUUUAUUUAUUAUUAUUAAAAAAUGUUGAAAGUUUUAAGUUUUACGCGUAUACAAGUGCCGGCGUUUAGACAAUCUGUUGCAACGUUGGCCAGAAUGAGUUACCAGAAAAAAGGGGAAAAAGGACAGAAGAAUGUUUGUGUAGAACCUCCAGAAUUUAUACAAGAACGUUUGAAUUUGUUUAUGAAGUUGAAACAGGAGGCAGAUGCUGAAUUGGCAAAUAAACCUCAAACUCCUAUUAAAGUUACAUUGCCUGAUGGAAAAGAAGUCGAAGCAACUGCAUUUAAAACCACUGCUUAUGAUGUUGCAAAAGGAAUUAGUCAGGGGUUGGCUGACAAUACUGUUAUAGCCAAAGUAAAUGGCGUUCUUUGGGAUUUGGAUAGACCCUUGGAAGAAAAUUGCAGUCUUGAGUUAUUGAAAUUUAAUGACACUGAAGCUCAAGCUGUUUUCUGGCAUUCCUCUGCUCACAUUUUGGGUGAAGCCAUGGAAAAGAUGUAUGGAGGUUGUUUGUGUUAUGGACCACCCAUUGAAUCUGGAUAUUAUUAUGACAUGUACUUAACUGAGAAAGGUAUUUCACAAGCAGAUUUUGGAGAUUUAGAGAGCAUCAUGAAAGACAUUGUCAAGGAGAAGCAAAACUUCGAACGACUAGAAGUCACUAAAGAAAAUUUGAUGGAGAUGUUCAAGACAAAUCCAUUCAAACUUCGCAUUCUUAAAGAAAAAGUUCAGACACCAACUACUACAGUAUACAGAUGUGGUCCCCUUGUGGAUCUUUGUAGAGGACCUCAUGUGCGACACACUGGAAAAAUAAAAGCAUUGAAAGUUACAAAAAGCUCAUCUACAUACUGGGAAGGUAAAGCUGAUGCAGAGACUCUGCAAAGAGUUUAUGGCAUCAGUUUCCCAGACAACAAACAAUUGAAAGAAUGGGAGAAAUUCCAAGAGGAGGCGGCCAAGAGAGAUCACAGAAAAAUUGGAAAGGAACAAGAGUUAUUCUUCUUCCAUGAACUUUCGCCCGGUUCUUGCUUCUUUCAACCACGCGGUGCACAUAUUUACAAUACACUUGUUGAAUUCAUUCGUAAAGAAUACAGGAAGAGGGGUUUUCAAGAGGUUGUCUCGCCAAAUAUCUACAAUGCCAAACUGUGGCAAACAUCUGGACAUUGGGCCCAUUAUGCUGACAACAUGUUCUCUUUUGAUGUAGAAAAAGAUAAGUUCGCGUUAAAACCAAUGAACUGCCCUGGCCAUUGUCUCAUCUUUGAUAACAGGAUUCGUUCGUGGAGAGAAUUGCCCCUAAGGCUUGCCGAUUUUGGCGUGCUCCAUCGUAACGAACUGUCGGGCGCCCUGACUGGUUUGACCAGAGUGCGCAGGUUCCAACAGGACGACGCACAUAUUUUCUGCGCACCUGAACAAAUUAAGAGCGAGAUGAAGGGAGCCUUGGAUUUCUUGAGACAUGUGUAUGGAAUCUUCGGUUUCACUUUCAACUUGGUGUUGUCCACCAGACCCGAAAAAUAUUUGGGUGAAUUGCAAGUGUGGGAUGAGGCAGAGAAAGCUUUAGCCGAGAGCUUGGACGAGUUCGGUGAUCCAUGGAAACUGAACCCUGGUGAUGGUGCGUUUUAUGGUCCCAAAAUUGACAUCACCAUUACUGAUGCGCUGAAAAGACAUCAUCAAUGCGCCACCAUUCAGUUAGAUUUCCAAUUACCAAUUAGAUUUAAUUUGUCUUAUGUUAGUGAAAAUGGCGAAAAGAAGAAGCCCGUAAUCAUUCACAGAGCUAUUUUGGGCUCAGUGGAAAGAAUGAUUGCCAUUCUUACUGAAUCCUAUGCCGGUAAAUGGCCAUUCUGGCUCUCUCCUAGGCAAGUUAUGGUCAUUCCUGUUGGUCCCAAAUACGACGACUAUGCAGUGGAUGUACAAAAGAAAUUAUAUGCUGCCGGAUUUAUGUCCGAGGUUGACACAGAUCCUGGUGACACCAUGAAUAAGAAAGUGAGAAAUGCCCAACUCUCACAAUUUAACUUCAUUUUAGUUGUGGGAGAGAAAGAGAAGACAAGCAACACUGUAAAUGUCCGUACGAGAGACAACAAAGUGCAUGGAGAAGUGGGAGUUGACGCACUAAUCGAAAAACUCAACAAUUUCCGGGAUAACUAUCUCAAAGGAGAAGAAAAUUUCUAGACAUUUUCCCAUUCCAAUUGCACUCACCUAUCAGUGUUGCUCGAGUAUUUUUUUAUUUAUUUAAUUUAUAAAUACGCAUUUUUGCUUAAUAAAGUAUGUAGAAAUA